AACUUCGAUAGGUUCGGUGAUUGUUUGUGGAGAAGAAGCUCGCGAUAAGUCAACAUGAGCAAGCCAAUGGAAGAGGAUACCAACCAGGGAAAGACUGAGGAAGAGGAAUUCAACACCGGGCCACUCUCUGUUCUUAUGAUGAGCGUGAAGAAUAACACUCAGGUUCUAAUCAAUUGCCGGAACAACAGGAAACUUCUUGGGCGAGUGAGGGCGUUUGACAGACACUGCAACAUGGUUCUUGAAAACGUCAGAGAGAUGUGGACUGAGGUUCCGAAAACUGGGAAAGGAAAGAAGAAAGCACUUCCGGUGAACAGAGAUCGGUUCAUAAGCAAGAUGUUUCUACGUGGAGACUCAGUCAUUAUCGUCCUCAGGAAUCCAAAAUGAGAGAGUGUGAUGUAAAAGACAUGUUCCUUGUUUGUGCUAAAAGUGAUAAAUUCUUGUAGGUAUUAGCAUCUUUUAAGUUUGACAUUUAUAUGUCUCGUUUUCGUUUAUGCCUGAAUUGAUGAGAUCUUUUUAAAGGUGUUUGCCAGCGUAAUCUCAUUUGUGUUCAGUUUACAUGUUCGCAUGUCCAAGCUCAAUACUAAGGUGAUAGCAUUAAAAAAUUAAGCUUUAA